AUGCUGAUGGGCCUCGUGGCCGCAAUUUGGGCGCAGGUUUCCGGUCUUGGUGGGUUGCAUGAGCUGGCACGUUCGCUCUCGCCCUUCCCGGCUCAACAUCUGGCCGCGGUUCCCUAUGCCGGCUUGCCCCCGGGGAAGCAUUUGCGUCCGCAAGUCAUUUCCUUGUCCGUGGAUGAGAGCGGGAGCAAGGGGCAUGGUGGUCAUGGGGCCAGCUCACCUUCCCCGGCCGGGGCGAACAAAACCGUCCCGUGCCCGCGAGCCGACGGUACGUGCUUUGCAGUGAUGAAUGCGUCGGGGUCUAUGUGGGCCUUCAUUGGUCCACCAGAUCUUCUGCCACCGGAGCAGUUGCAGUACGUCAGGCCCGUAUCAUGCCAAUUGGUCGAGGGCCUGCGGCCAGCGUCAUCGACGCUGGGCGCCCGAGCAGCCGGCGUAUCCGCCGGCACCAGGUGCGGAAGCGCCGGCGUAUCCUCAUAUGCCACCGCCAGGUUAUCCGCACUAUCCCCCACCGGGGUAUCCGCAUUAUCCGCCCCCGGGAUAUCCCUAUGCGCCGCCAGGCUACCCCCCUCCACAUGGGCACUACCCGCCGCCCCACGGCUAUCCGCCGCCACAUUAUCCGCCGCCAGGCUACCCCUACCCGCCCCCUGGCACCUACCCGCCGCCGGGUGCGCCGGGUGCACCGGCGCCGGGCGCCCCUGGAGCGCCAGCGCCGGCACCAGAGAAGGCCAGAUCGCGAUCUCGAGGCAUGGAAUGGGGGAGAUCAGAUUCCACCGAUUUGCUGCUGAAGUUGGGUCAACGGGCACAAAGCUGCGGGUUAAGCCAUCAGCUGAGAUCAGUCCGCCCCAUGAAGGAAUGGAGUUCCACGCCAUUCACUGGAACAAGACAGGGCAUUUGGCCCGAGAUUGCCCCAACAAGGGCAAGACCGGCUUCCGGGAAAUGUGUGGAGACUUCCGGAGGGGCGAAUGUAAACGCGGCGAUAAGUGCCGCUACUCGCACGGCGAGCGAUAG